AUGUCCCGAACCACGCUUCGCUCGACGCUCGCUACUGCGCACGACAAGCACAAAUCCUUCCUUUGCAAAGCCGCACUGACGAUGUAUGCUUGCCUUUACAGUGCUGUAAGCUGCACUCGAGGCAAGUGUGCGGCUGCUCCUGAGGACGCGGCUGCAUUGGCUGAUGCGAACGGCCGUUCAGAGGAGCGCUUCUUCCACCUCGGCCGGACACACCCGCUUGGCCGAGGAAACCAGCAAGUCGGACUCCACGCCGCCGUCGUUUGCUGUUCCCCGACCGAUCGCGUCGAGCUGCAGCCCAUGUCCGAGGCUCCGUCUUCAUGCCCUUCCGGCUACGAAACGCCCUGCCCAUCCCAGCCAUCGCCAGCCUCGAGGCCGACCCGCAUACAUGUCACCGAGCUCUUCCCCGCCAUGGACGCAUGCCACUACGCAGUCUCCGCUUGA